AUGCCUGUCGAUAAUUCCGUCGCCUAUGUGGCUGCAGAGCGCAGCAAGUCCAUCCGGAAGCCGCAUUGGCGAGAGAAAUUGUUCUCCAAGGACAAGAACAAGGGCACCUCGGAAGCGCAGAUCGAAGCCUUCCUGGGCACUGCUCGUGCUAGUCCGACGCCGACGGACGUCCCGCCGGCCGCUCCUAGUCUCCCCAAACCAGUCCCCGCACCGCGUCUUAACAUUUCCACCCACAACUGGCCAUCCUCGCACGAUCUCUCGAGCCCGUCCCCCGUCUCCAACCCGUCGUCUGCCCCCGAUCCGUAUGCGCCGGUGAAGGCUCCGAACAAACCCAAAUCCGGUCGUCGCAGAGGGUUGAGGGUCAGGUUCAGCAAUCGGGGGCCGGACGUGAUCGGCGAAGGUGGUGAUGAAGCGGAAGACCCUCCACUUCAUAUAUCCGUGUCCCACAAUCGCUCACGCAGCUCCAGCUCCGACCAGUCUGAGUACCUGUCGCCGCAGCAGGAGCGCUUCUCCCCUCCCACACUGCCCCAGCUUCGGAUUAACACCGUCGCAUCGUCACGCGACCAAGGAAAGGAUAACGCGAAAGGCCUUCAUGCGGAUGACUGGCGGCCUCUCCUUCACAACCCCCAGGAUGCAGAGUUGCUCAUGGCGUUGGGCUCUGGAAGAAGCGGAUCGCGUCUGUCCUUCCGAGCUUCGCCCGAAUCCAACUCGUUUGCCCAACGAGUACGGGCGAGGAUGCAAGCGGAAGAAGGACGCGCUCUCCAGAAGGGGUACAACGAGCCAUCCUCCCCUUCGAACGGGGAGGAGCCGGAUUCCCAUGAGUUCGUUACCGUUCCUACGAGUCCUAGUUCAUUGUUUGGGACCUCUCCCGUCGCUGCCAAAACUGGCCCGUUCAACGUUUCCCAUACCCCUCACCCGGCUCUUGCGAUACAUAAACAGAGCGACGCCAGUCCGGUCGAAAGCCCGAUCGACCGCCGUCCGUCCCCGAACCGUUUCCCCGCGGCGUCUACUCCAAAGCACUCCCCUCCACAACCAGGCCCUGUACCUGCGGAACCGCCCACUUACAGCCGUCCAUUAAAUGCGGAGAAUAGAAACAAGUCCACCUCGCGGAGUCCUCAACCGUUGCCUCAGCCGCCCUUCGAACCGUCCCCCAAGCCGGCACCCCAACCGGUAUCGCAACCUCCGAAAGCAUCCCUGCGUUCCAUCGCCAAUCAAUUCGGCGAAAUCGCGUUCGAUGAGCUCGAGACGUACGUGGCAAGAUACUCGGACAUGUUCAAAAUUGCGGCCGAACAUUCCAAGCCAUUGGCCGAAACUUCACUGCCCGAAUGGAUCAGAGCUGCCGUGUGGUGGUUCUUACGCGGAAAGAAAAGACUGGAAUCGUAUGCACGCACCCCAUCGUCCAGUCCGGUCGGGGCGGAGCAGGCGGUACUCGACCUUGGGAAGGCCUUAUGGAUCAACCAACAUGUUAUCCCCCAGAACUCUGAAUUGCAGCGGUACGGUGUGACCAGUGUGGAUGCUCUGUUCGCGGUAGCGAACACGACUGGCGAUACGAAAAUAUCCGAGAUCCUGAGCCAGUAUCAGGCCCUGAUGAGUCACAUACGCUCUCUGGCCAUCUCAAUCAAACGACACAGCAUUCUGUCGACUAUUUCUUCACACCCGACAUCCACAGAUCGUCUGGAUACAAGUUUGUGGCUGGAAUAUCCCAUGUUCGCUCCUGAUGUCUCUGCCGUCCUGUCCGGUAUGUCUUCCCGGUCGAUGUUAGUGGAACGGGCCGGAAAGACCCCUAGCACGGCACAUAUGAUGCCCGUCGGGGACACUUCCCGUUUUUUCAGCUAUGGAAAUAUGUUUGUGGAGGUAUACGUGAGCUCCAGGGACGAUGACGAUUCUCAAUCGGACGCGAUGCCAUGUGCGCUAUCCAUCAUCCGGGAUCCUUCCGACUGGUACGUCUUCGCUGCAAUCACGAGCCAGAGCCAUCUGAUCAAUAUCUUGAUUCAAUCCGACCGGAAGCAAGGACCUACCUGGGACGACGUGACCUGGCAUGUUAGCAGGAACUCCAUAGAAGUGAAGCUACCCCGUGGUUUUCAGUUGGAUGUCAUGUUCCAGGAAGAUGACUUCAAGAUGAUCUGGAACAUUGUUCAGUACACGCGAAGGACCGAAGCAAGUCUGCAUCCCCGAGCUGGCGAAAACCUGAUUUUCUCAAACACCCUGAAAACCUUUCAGUACAUGGACCCGGGCCCGGUAAAAGCCUUCCCUGCGGAGCGGAGCGAGAGAUGCAGGAUUGCACUGUUCGAGCGGUCUGUGCAAGUGACCCAAGGCACCGGUACGCGCACUGCCCAUCGAGGCUUCCGACUGGCCGUUGUCACAAGUCCCAAGACCAAAACCCUCAGUAAUGUCCAGCAUAUUCUCGGAUACGACGCCCCGAUUGUCUUCGGUCUUUUAAGAGGGGAAGAUGGCGUACCGGCACUCAUGCUCAAAGUGACUGAAGAUGGGCGGGCUCGUUCCAUGGUACUGGGUUUCCAUGAGGUUGAGGAGCGUACAACCAUGCAGUCUCUCCUCCUGGCUAUGGGCCCAGAUGACAUGGAAUUUAGGAAGGUCACGGAGCUCUCAAUCCGAUCGUAUACCAUAGAACAGCCGCCCGACAUGGAAAAGGGCCAGCCUGCUGUGACUCAUCUUCAGUUGCCGAGUGGAAAUGUGUCUGUAAUCGACCUGGAACAUGUCGUUCCAACGCACAGUUAUGGACCGACGAUCCUGUCCGAGCAUCUGCGGGUUUUCGUGGCUUCGGAAUUUGGAUCAGUCACGGACCGUAUCAAUUUAGGCCCUGGAGAGCUGAAGUUGGGAUUGGACGCCAACAAGAAGACGGGACUCAGUCUGUACCGGCCCGGGCAGGAAGACCUGACGGUUGCCGUGGCUGAGAACCUUGUUAAUAAGGAUACACCGGCUCAGUUGACUGCAUUUGUCCAGAAAGCCAAAGUCACACCCAUGAUCCGGAAAUUUGAAUUUUCCUCAUCGGAAGAUCUCCAUGCGUUUGAGGAGGCAGUGACCGGGUUCAGAGUGCUGUUUGACGGAUUUUCUUCGUCUUUUACGAUAUCCCGACGCCGAAUGGUCGUUCCUAUUUACAAAAAGUGGGAAGCGACUCAAGUCCGAAUCCAAGUGGUUCAGCAAGAGAAAGUCAUCCAGCUGCUGGCUUUCUUCUCUGACUUCAGCCACGGUCAAUGUAUGAACUUUGUGCUCAAGGGCACGGACGUUUUGGAAGUGUUUAAUCGGGCCGGUAAGUUCGGUAUCAGGGUUGUCGACGCCAAGUUCGCACUGCCCAAGAACGACGGCGAUCCUGCAUCGGAGUUCCUCUGCUUGGACAUGCCCGAGUACCCGAUCGAGCAUGACGAUAUCUCCAUACUGUUUAAUUCGGAGACAGACCGGGCAAGCUUCCAGGCCGCCGUACCGGGGUCGGUGCGCAAGCCAUCGCGCAUGGAUUCCCUCAGGCGCUAG